ACCCUGUUCUGUAUGAAAAAUCAAAGUCAGCGAUCCUCUCUCUCACACACACACUCUCUCUCUCUUCACAAAACCAUUCUUUCUCUACCUUUUCUUGUCAUCCUCAAUCUCUCAAAGAACACUACUUUCAGUUUCAACCCAUCAAAACCCUCUUAAUUUCGAAGAAAAAUUCAAGAAUGACAUGUGUUUUCCAAUACAAAACACCACAAGCUACUAAAUCUGAGUCGUACUAGUGACUCUUUGGUCUCCUCUUGCUGUGUUUUUGAGCUAACUGAUUAACUAUAUAUAUAUAUAUAUAUAUAUAUGUCCGGAGCUUCUUUAGUCUAGAAAUGGAGAAUUACCAAGGCGACUUGACCGAUAUCCUCCGUGCAAGUGGUGGAAGUGGAAGAACAGCUUCUUCUUCUGAAACAGCUGCAACAGCUGUUUCCUCUGUGUCCAACUGGGAAUUCCAAUCGUCUGAUCCCAUCAUGGAUGAUCAGACGGUGACAAGUACGGCCGCUACUUCUUUUGGCGAUCCCUUCUCUAACAUGCAAGAUCCGCUUCUUCUUCACCACCUCAACAACAUUCCUGCAGGUUCCAUCUAUCAUCAUCAUCAUCAUCAUGGGAUCAUAAACACAAGUACUACCACCAAUACUACUACUAGUACUACAGUUGAAGAAAAGGGUUUUGAUGAUGACGAGAUGAUGAAGAGUCCUUGCAACAUAUUUUCUCGGAUUCAGAUCUCGCAAACUACUAGUCCUCCUCCUGCUAAGCUACCUGUGUCGCGGUGCGAUUCUCCUCGGGUUGUGGUUUCGAGUGGCAUGAUUAAUGUUAACACCUCUAAAGAUUGCUUAUUUGAGAACACGCUCACCCAUGUGCAGAUCUCACCUCCGCGGAAUCUGGGGAUCAAGAGAAGGAAAAGCCAGGCAAAGAAGGUGGUUUGUAUUCCAGCACCAGCAGCUCCAAAUAGUAGGCCAAGUGGAGAAGUUGUUCCUUCUGAUCUUUGGGCAUGGAGAAAAUAUGGACAGAAACCCAUUAAGGGCUCUCCUUACCCAAGGGGAUACUACAGAUGCAGCAGUACGAAGGGUUGUUCAGCAAGGAAACAAGUGGAGCGGAGUCGAGCCGAUCCCAACAUGUUGGUAAUCACCUACACUUCUGAGCACAACCAUCCAUGGCCAACACAAAGGAAUGCACUUGCAGGGUCAACAAGGUCUCAUUCACCAAAAACCAACACUAAUACUACUUCUUCAAAGACUUGUCACCAAGCCCAAGCAAAAGAAGAGCAGAAAGAGAGCAGCAGCAAUGAUCCUUCAGCUCCUUUGUCUCCAAUCAUGCCCUCUACCUCAACAUCAGUUAAAGAAGAGAUUGAUCAAAAUAUAGAUGAAUUCAGUACUGAUGGUGGGUUUCAAAGUUACAGGCCAUCACUACUACCUCCAGACUCCUCAUCAGAUCAAGACUUUUUUGCUGAUUUGGGAGAGUUAGAGGCUGACCCACUAAGUACUCUCUUGUUCACUACACAAGGAAAAGAAAGCAAGGGCAUGGAUCCAUUCACUCUCUUUGAUUGGUCAUCAGGAGACACCAACGAUACACAAUUUGACAACAAAUAGACUCUUAUCCCUUAAUUUUAAGUUUAAUUUGAAGUAUCAUAUAUGCUGAAUACCUUUAACUUUUGUUAUUAUUAUUUUUCAGAAAGGGAAAAAUAUAAUAUGAUAUGACACGUGUCCCUAAACCCUAAUUAGAUGAGAAUUUUACACACUCUAAGAAUCACAGAUGGCAGAUCAGAGGACACUACUGCUACAGUUGCUGGUUGAUUGUGAGCAGAAGAGUCCCACAUUCCUUUUGGGAAUAUUAAUUGGGUGGAUGGGACAGAAAGCUGAGGAACAGAAGGUUUCAACAGGGAAAACAAGUACAUUACCCAUCAGACAUGACUAGAAAACUCAGUGUAUUUGAUCACAGAUAGUACUGCAUGGAGCCCCAAUGGAACUUUUGAUUUAUAUUGAAGAUGGGACUUGCCCUAUAUCAUCUUUUUCCAAGUGGGUUUAAUUAUUAUUCAAGCAGCAGCCCCACCCUUUGCGUUCCUCAGCUUUGUGUUUCUUUUAUUGUAUAUAUCCAUCCAAUUUUGUGUUAAUUUAAUUUGUUAAGUGAAGUAGUAGAGGAUGCAUGUAUGGUUGUAUGUUAGCCUAGAAUAUUACAAAUUUUAUAUCUUGUUUUUAUCAAUUAUUUAUAUCAUGUUGUGUACCACUACCAGCCAGAUAAGGUUGGCAUUCA